AUGCCCGGCUUCGAUUUCUCAAACUACAACCGCAAUGCGGCCCUCCACGCCCGAGGUGUCCCCCUCCCGAAGGCGACGAGCACAGGUACCACCAUCGUGGGAUGCAUAUUUGACGGCGGUGUAGUGAUUGCCGCCGACACAAGAGCAACCUCGGGUCCCAUCGUCGCCGAUAAGAACUGCGAAAAGCUACACUACAUCGCGCCUCAAAUUUGGUGUGCGGGAGCCGGUACCGCCGCCGACACCGAGUUCACCACGGCAAUCAUAUCCUCUAACCUCGAGCUCCACGCCCUCUCCACGGGUCGCAAGCCCCGUGUCGUCACCUGCAUGACCAUGCUCAAGCAGCACCUCUUCCAGUAUCAGGGCCACAUCGGUGCCUACCUCGUCGUCGCGGGCGUCGACCCCACGGGAACUCACCUGUUCACCGUCCACGCUCACGGUUCCACCGACAAGCUUCCCUACGUCACUAUGGGUUCCGGUUCAUUGGCCGCCAUGUCCGUCUUCGAGACUCAGUGGAAACCUUCCUUGACCCAGGACGAGGCCGUCAAGCUCGCCAGCGACGCCAUCCAGGCUGGUAUCUUUAACGAUCUCGGCUCCGGAAGCAAUGUGGACGUCGCUAUCAUCACAAAGGACAAGACCACCCUCAAGCGCGGCUUCGUCAAGCCCAACGAGCGUAGCGCCAAGCUCAAGAGCUACGCCUUCCAGAGGGGGACCACGGCCGUGCUCAACGAGAAGAUUAUUAAGAAGAAUGAGAUUGGCCGCUACGUGAGCGUAACGGAGGUGCCGGCCAGCGAGGCGAUGGAGGUUGAUACCUGA